AAAGCUAUAAAUUUAUUUCCACCUGAAGCCCUUUGUGUUGGAAUCCAUUUGCUUGGCUCACAUGUGUUCGACCUGUCUAUAAAUUGUACCUUUAUUGUAAAAUGUGCCUAUGAAUGUGUUUCGCAACAACAAAAUAAGCUACAGUGGCAAAGUAAUCUUAUAGCCUACAGGAAAACAUACCAGAUUAUACUGAAUGGAUUGUAAAAUGGGUGUGUUUGGAGCAGUCGUGGCCUAAAGGUUAGAGAGUCUGACUUGUAACCCAAAGGUCACAGGUUUGAGUCUUGGUGCCGGCAGGGAUUGUUGGUGGAGGGAGUGAAUGACCUGCUCUCUCUUCCACCUUCAAUAGCCCGACUGAGGUGAGACCCUUGAGUAUGGGACACCAUACUUGGCCACACGUCACAUCCUUUCCUUUCCUUGUUGGACUUAAAUCAGUUGCGUCAUCUCACAGCCAGUGCUGACAUGUUUUGAAUUUUUGUAGUGUAGUGGGUGCAGCAUUUGUGUGACUUUGUCAUACAAAGAACAUGAUUUUAUUUAACCACAGCAAUCUAUUUGAUGUACACUGCAUUUGUUCACUUAUUUACUUGAUUACGUAUGCUUUUGCUUUUCAGGAACAGGUGUGAAAAGGUUUUUAUUUUGUUUUUGUUAUUAUUUUUAAUUUUAUUUAUUUAUUUAUUUAGUCAUUUAUUGAUUGAUUGAUUGAUUGAUGUUGUCCUGUAAACAAGUUUUUUUGAUUGUUAUGGGAUGUGUGUGUGUGUGUGUGUUUGUUUGUGUGUGUUUGUGCACAACUAACAUGAUCUGGUCCAAAGAGUUUGAAGGAGUUUUAUAAUCAGAUGUUUUUAAAGUUGUGUUCAGAUUAAAAAUAUAUAUGUAUUUUUGUAAUUGUUUAAAGAAAUAAAUGUAAAAAUAAAAUAAGUUAUAAAAUAUUAUGGUUCAAAAUUGCCUUUAAAGCUACACCACAAAAAACAAAAACAAACAAAAAAAAAAAAUGUUGAUUUUGAUGCUGUGAUGCAUGUAUUUGUAUAAUGCCUAGUGAUCUUGCAUUCAUUUGGAUAUCCAGUGUGUAAAUAUAUUUAUAAAUAAAAAAAAUUAAUAGUAGAUGAAAUUAAUCUCAAAUAAGCACAGAAACCUGUGCUAUUAGUCAAAGCAUUUAUAAUCAAUUCUAAAUGUAUUAAUGAAAAUCAUAUAAAUUAGAGCUACUGUUAUUAGUCAAAACAAAAUACAAAAAUCAAUGAUUUCACGACGCACCAAUUAUAUUAUGUUUAUUGUGCUCUUGAUGGAAAAUGUGAAUUCCAUAAAUGUGUUCCAUAAAUGCUUAAUAGUGGCCUAUUUGCACAGCACUACAUCUAAAUCUCUGUGAGGAGCUGGAGUGUAAGGACACUGCCUCUAAAAUGAGUCUGAAUGAGAAAAUGGAAAAGAGGGACAAUGCAGCCUCUCCGGAACUCAGCUUUGUCUCUAUGAAAAGUAAUACAUCUAUAGUUAUGCCUCCUAAUAUCAGUAAUGAAGCUAUGACCUCUGACCCCAGUUUGAGAAGCAAUCUGAUCCAGAAUCAGUCCAGAUGUGGAGUUUGUGAGCAGGUUUUGAGAGAUCCAGUCUCUACUACCUGUGAACACAGUUUCUGCAGACAGUGUAUCAGUUUCUGCUGGGAUCAGUGUAGACCAUCAGAAGACUUUGACUGUCCUCAGUGCAGAAAGAGUUCCAGAACAUGCCCUGUUCUUCAAACAAUCAUGAGAGGAUCCAGUUCUGCUGGUUUUGCAAACCUACAGAAGGAGACCGGAGAUAUGCAGAAACCAGCGAACGAUGAACUACAAAGAGUCAAAAACCAACACAAAACCAGCCUGAAGAACAAGUAUGAGCUAUUAUUUGAGGGAAGCAAACUCAAAGAGAAUGAAACCCUCCUGAACAGGAUCUACACACAGCUCUACAUCAUAGAGGGAGAGAGUGAAGGAGUGAAUGAAGAACAUGAGGUUUUACAGAUGGAGAAAACAGCCAGAACACAACUCUCACAAGACACUCCAAUCUACUGCAAUGACAUCUUUAAAGCCUCAGCUGAACCAGGAUGUGAGGAGAAAGACCAGGUCAAGACUGUUCUUACUAAAGGCAUUGCUGGAAUCGGAAAAACCGUCUCUGUGCAGAAGUUCAUUCUGGACUGGGCCGAGGGAAAAGCCAAUCAGGAUGUAGAUUUCAUGUUUGUGCUUCCAUUUCGAGAGCUAAACUUGAUCCGAGAUCAUCAGUACAGUCUUCACAGACUUUUGCUGGACUUUCAUCCUGAACUUCAAGAUCUGGACUCAAAGAUUUAUGAGGAGUGUAAAGUAGUGUUCAUCUUUGAUGGUCUGGAUGAAAGCAGAAUCACACUGAUGUUUUCAGAUGAUCAGAAAGUCUGUGAUGUGACUGAGACUUCAUCAAUGGGCGUGUUGAUGUCAAAGCUCAUGAAAGGAGAGCUGCUUCCCUCUGCUCUCAUCUGGAUCACCUCCAGACCAGCAGCAGCCAAUCAGAUCCCCUUCAAAUACAUCAACCGUCUGACAGAAAUUCAGGGAUUCAAUGAGCCUCAGAAGGAGGAAUAUUUCAGGAACAGAAUCAAUGACCAGCAUCAAGCCAACAGAAUCAUCUCACACAUCAGAAGAGCAAGAAGCCUCCACAUCAUGUGCCACAUCCCCGUCUUCUGCUGGAUCUCAUCCACUGUGCUUCAGAAGCUCCUGGAAGAAGAUCUGAGUGCAGAAAUCCCUCAAACUCUGACUGAAAUGUACAUCCACUUCCUGCUCAUUCAGAUCAACAUGAGAAACCAGAAGUAUGAAGAGAGAGAUCCAGAGAAACUCCUGCAGUCUAACAGAGAAGUCAUUGUGAAACUUGCUGAAGUGGCUUUCAAACAGCUGAUGAAGGGCAAUAUGAUGUUCUAUGAGGAGGACCUGAUUGAGAGCGGCAUAAACGUCACUGACGCCUCAGUGUAUUCUGGGAUUUGCACUGAAAUCUUUAAGGAGGAAUCUGUAAUUCAUCAGAGGAAAGUCUACAGCUUCAUUCAUCUGAGCGUUCAGGAGUUUCUUGCUGCUUUCCAUGUAUUUUACUGCUAUUUAAACAGCACCAUGAAGACCCUUAAGGUUAUUGUUCCAAUGCAUAAUAUGCUUAAAGGAGCAGUAGAUGAAGCCCUUGAGGGUCAGAAUGGACGGCUGGAUCUGUUCCUGCGGUUCCUGCUGGGCGUCUCACUGGAGUCCAAUCAGAGACUCUGACAGGAUCUACUGACACACACAGAGAACAGCUCAGAGAGCAUCAGGAGAACCACACAGUACAUUAAAGAGAAGAUCAGAGAUGGACAUGGACUCUCCACUGAAAGAUCCAUCAAUCUGUUCCUCUGUCUGCUGGAAGUGAAAGAUCAGACUCUGUCCAGAGAGAUUCAGGAGUUUGUUAAAUCAGACAAACACUCAGAGAAGAAACUCUCUCCUUCUCAUUGCUCAGCAAUUGCCUACAUGCUUCAGAUGUCAGAGGAGGUGCUGGAUGAGCUGGACCUCAAGAAAUACAAUACAUCAGAUGAGGGGAGAAGAAGACUGAUACCAGCUGUGAUCAACUGCAGAAAAGCUCUUCUUGCUGGUUGUAAUCUCACUGGUCUGGUUUGUGAAAUUGUGUCAUCUGCUCUACAAUCCUCAAACUCUGUCCUGAGAGAGCUGGAUCUAAGUAACAAUGACCUGCAGGAUUCAGGAGUGAAGCUGCUCUCUGAUGGACUGAAGAGCCCAAACUGUCAGCUGGAAAAACUGAGGUUGUCUGGCUGCAUGGUGACAGAGGAAGGCUGUGGUUAUUUGUCUUCAUCUCUGAGUUCAAGCCCUUCACACCUGAGAGAGCUGGAUCUGAGCUACAAUCACCCAGGACCAUCAGGAGUCCAGCUGCUCAAACACAUACUGGAGGAUCCAAAAUGCUUACUGCAGAUACUCAAUUUGGAUCAUGGAGACAAUUUUAGAAUCACGCCAGGAUUAAGAAAAUAUGCCUGUGAUCUCACACUGGAUCCAAACACUGUAAACACUCAACUCAUGCUGUCUGAUGAGAACAGGAAGGUGACGCAUAUGAAAGCACAGCAGUUGUAUCCUGAUCAUCCAGAGAGAUUUGAUACGUAUCCCCAGGUUCUGUGUGGAGAGAGUUUGAGUGGACGCUGUUAUUGGGAGGUUGAAUGGAGUGGGAGAGUAACUGGCAUAGCCAUGACAUAUAAAGGAAUCAGCAGGAAGGGAGUGAGCGACUGUGUUUUUGGAUGGAAUGACAAAUCCUGGAGUCUCUUCUGUUCUGAUAACAGUUACACUGUUUGUCACAAUAAUGAUAGAACUGACUUAAUUGCACCUUCACCCCCGUCUAACAGAGUAGGAGUAUAUCUGGAUUGGCCGGCCGGAACUCUGUCUUUCUACAGCAUCUCUGACACACACACACUCACACACUUACACACAUUCAACGCCACAUUCACUGAACCCCUCUAUGCUGGAUUCAGGGUUUAUGAUUCCUCAGUCUCUUUGAGAAAAAUAUGAACAGUAUCUCUUUCAUGCUGUCAUAAAGUUUUUUUUUUGUUUUGUUUAGUUUUUUUAAAAUUUGACCUAAAACAACUUGCACAGUUAAAUGAUUAAAUGUCAUUUCUGUGCCUCAAGAUAUGUCUCAUGGAAUUGGCAUAAUGAUUGAUUUUGAACAGGUUUCCCUAAACACAUCCCGGUCACAGCUCAGGAAAGUCACUAGUGAAGGGUUUUGAGACUUUGCAGUUGUCAUACCAUUACUAAAGACUAAAGAAGUUAUGUUGACUUUCUAUAACCACUUAUACAUAACUUGUAUGUUUAAGUCUGCCUUAUUUUGCACUAUGACAUGCUUUUACGUGUUUGCUUAAUAUAUAAAAUAAAAAAGAUUUUAUUUUGAGAUUUGUUUUAUUUUUAUUUUGAGAUUUUGUUGAAAAUCAAUAAA